UAUUCCGCAGGCAGCUGAAACGAAACUGGAGCAGCUGAUUAGCGGAACGAUGCCUUCGCUCAGAGAAACUUAUGAAGUUGGCUUGGAUUUCAUCGAGUUUCUGGGGGAAAGGAAAUCAAAAAAGGACAAAAAAGAGCUUCGAGACAUUUACAACUUCGAGUUCAAAAGGGAACGAGGACCAAGUUUUUCUAAGUUGUUCUACGCCUUGCUGUAUUUUAACCUAGCCAGUUUAAGGCAGGGAAAAGUUAUCCUGCAUGCCAAACCUCAGGUCCGUCUGUACUACUGUGAUCAGUGGAAAAUCAGAACACAUUCAAAGCCGACUCCAAGCUCAAGACCUGAUCAUGAACCCAGCAGAGCUCCAGACUCUGGUCAAAGAGCCCCUCACUCAUCACCCAAUAUCAACCCCGUCCUCACACCAAAGAGAAAGCUGGCUCAGGAAAUCCUUCAAAAGCUCAGGACAAACAGACCACAGCUUAUUUCUGACAAGGGAGGCAUUACGAUCACAUCCACUCCCGUGAGCAAGAAUGGAAAAGUUCUGCUCAAUAUUGACCUCCUCGACACGGUGUACGUGGUGAAGUUCCAAAUCGUAAAUAAAGGGCAAAAGUGUAUUCACUUCACCUUCUACACAGCACUGCACAAGAUACGGUGCUUCACUUUAGUCAGUGAGAGGAGAGUGAGCAGGGUUUCCCCUCUGCUCCUUUGUCCAGGUGAGAGCUGCGCAGUCGAGGUGAAGUACCAAGCACACCAUUAUGGUUGCUUCCCAGCCACCAUGUACUUUGAGUUCUGCCCUGAGUCUGAGUCUACAAACCCUCCCAAACCAUUCUGCAUUGUGCGGGAAAUCGAAGCAGUGGUGCACACUCAGCUGGGUACUGAGCUAGGCCCAACCAGUCAGUAUAAACCCAGACAGAAAGGGCAGAGACGCCCUAAGGAUCGAGUGGUGGAGGAGGGUGUACCUCCUGAGAGCAGCAGGACUCAUGCUUUAAAACAGUUUGUGAAACUGAAAGAUUAUAAGUACUCAUCUUACCUGAAGAUCUUGGUCCAACACUGGGAUGCUGAUAAUGAGGAACUUUCCCCUACAACCAGGCAGCAGCUUCUCAGAGUGAGAGGUGUGUUGGAGUCGCCCCUGUCUAUAAAACAGUAUGCUGAACAUUUCCACCUUGUCCUACACCUAGAGGAGAUUCAAAUGGAGGAAGAUAUAAAGAAGUAUGAUAUGUAUGGCCAGACCAUGAAACUGGACAAAAGUAACAAAAACCUGCUUGUACUGCGGGUACCUGGAGUGGCAGAGAACAGGCCGUCUGUGCUAAGAGGAGAUGCCUUAAAUGUGUAUUUGCAUAAAGAUAAGGCUGAACCUAUCACCGUGUACAAAGGCUACGUUCAUCGUGUUGAGCUGGAGAAUGUUCAGCUGGGCUUUUCUAACAAGCUUGUUAAGAAGUUCAUUGCCAAUAUGACUUUCAAUGUGGAGUUUAGCUUCAACCGUUUCCCUCUUAAACUCCAGCAUCGAGCUGUACAGCUGGCUGCUGAACACAGGCUGGGAAACGUAUUGUUUCCCACUCGCAAUGGAGUCAAGCAGACAGCACUGCCUACUCUAAGGAUAUACAAUCGAGAUCUGGAAAACAAUCCUGAGCAGAAAGCAGCUGUACAGCACAUUUUGUCUGGCCAGUAUAAACCUGCUCCUUACAUGAUCUUUGGGCCACCUGGCACAGGAAAAACUGUCACACUGGUCGAGGCCAUAAAACAAGUCAAUAAGACUGGUUCUAGUGUCCAUGUUCUGGCCUGUGCUCCUUCCAAUAGUGCUUGUGACCUGCUGUGUGAGAGGUUGUUGGGAUUUGUGGAUGCCCAUCGUCUGUUUCGUUUGUAUGCUUGCAGUAGAGACCCCAGUACUGUGCCACAGAAACUACUGAAAUACAGUAACUGGGUUGAAAAUCAGGGCAGUUUCAUUUUGCCCUCUCAGGAAACCCUGAUGGACUACACCAUCAUUGUGGUCACGCUCAUCACUGCUGGAAGGCUUGUAUCUGGAGGCAUCCCAGUGGGUCACUUCACACACAUCUUCAUCGAUGAGGCCGGACAAGCUGUGGAACCUGAAUGUGUUGUCGGAAUUGCGGGCCUUCUCCAUCCUGAGACUGGCCAGCUGGUUUUGGCUGGAGACCCCAAGCAGCUUGGUCCUAUACUUAGAUCUCCACUGGCACAAAAAUAUGGACUAGGGCUCUCACUGCUGGAGAGACUGAUGACCCAAAACUCCCUCUAUCAGAAGAACCAAGAUGGCCACCAAGGUUAUGACAGUUGCUAUGUCACCAAGUUACUACAGAACUAUAGGUCUCAUCCUGCCAUUCUGAAAAUCCCUAAUGAACUUUUCUAUGAAAAUGAGCUGCAAGUAUUUGCAAAUCAAAUGGAGCGAGAAGCUUUUUGCCACUGGGAGCACCUUCCAAAACAGGGCUUCCCAGUGAUAUUCCAUGGGGUGAUGGGAAAAGAUGAGAGAGAAGCAAACAGUCCAUCCUUUUUCAACGUUAGCGAGAUAGAGGUCCUCAUCAACUACCUGAAAAAUCUCCUGCUAAGUCAGGGAAAGAAGGGUCUGCCCAAACUCAGUGCCAAUGACAUCGGCAUCAUUGCUCCCUACAGGAAGCAAGUGGAGAAAAUGCGGAAAGCUCUCAAAUCAGUAAGAGAACUUCAACAGUGGAAAGACAUUAAGGUGGGCUCAGUGGAGGAGUUCCAGGGCCAGGAGAAAAUGGUGAUCAUGGUGUCUGCAGUCAGAAGUAGCAACAGCUAUGUUAAGAUGGACCAAGACUUCAACAUUGGUUUCCUCACAAAUGAGAAGAGGUUUAACGUGGCCAUGACCAGAGCCAAAGCUCUUCUCAUUGUCACAGGAAACCCUGUGAUCCUGAGCAAGGAUCCCACCUGGAAGAGCUUUCUGCAGUACUGUGAACAAGAACAGGGCUACACUGGCUUCGACUACAAGGAAUUUGAGGGGGAGGACGAUGUGGUGACUCGGCUUGCCUCUUUAAAAAUCCACACUUCCACUGAUGAAAUAGAAGAGAGCGCAGUGCAACAGCAUGUGCAUCCAGAGUGGAGGAACGAACUCUAAAAAUUCCCACAGAUCAACUGUCUACCAUGUGGUCACUGAGAAACAGUGGGCAGUGCAGCAGCUUCUGAACACUGCUGCACCGAUAAAAGAACAGAGAGAGACAGUUCAUACAAUCAUCUAGAACAAUACUACGUGAGGCAUUUCUUCAUUAUCUGAUUUGAAAUGCUUUUUUUUUUUUCCAUUUGUACUUUUCCUAUUUUAAUUAAGGUGCCAUAAAGCAAAAAUCUUUGCAGAUGAAACAUGUUCCAAAUAUAAACAGUAAAUUGCAGAUUAUCAUCCAGCAGUUAGUUCAAAGUUAGUUUUAUAAUUUCAGAUUGAUUAUGAUUUUUAUUUUGGAAGAGGGAUAUGUCAUUUUUGGAUUUUUAAAAAAGAGGUUUAUUGUUAAACUAACGGGAAUUGCUAUGUUUUAAACCUUAAUCAUUAAAUCACCAGUUAAAGAAAAAAAAAAACAAUGAUCCAGAAUUGGAGAAAUUUUCUUUAAUUCAAAUUUUCCAAGCUCAACAAAGACUACUCUGUUCACACACUGUGGUGGUGUUAUAGUUGGGCAAUAAAUGCAAUAAAACACUUGUACAUAAAAA